GCAAAUGGGAGUAAGAGGAAUAGAAUGGAUGGUCGAGAGCAAAUGAAUUAUCAUCAGUACUACAAUAUUAAUGGCAAAGUCUUGUUUGAAGCCCAUUCGUCGCCUACUAUUUUGCCUCCAUGGAAACAUAUGCAAGAGACCAAGGAAAAUAAGAUCAUGGGAUUGGAAGGAAAGUCUAAUCAUUACACCAUGUUCUGGGAUUUCUUCAAUGGCUGCAGUGUUCAAGAUAAUGGCAACGGGAAUAAAGUGGUUCGAGAUGCUAGCAGUUUGUCAAAUAAGAGCCCAUCUGCUUCAAUUAUUGAAACUGCAGAAGAGGAAGAUUUCUCCAGUAGCACCAUGUCCUUAGAGCCAUCUGCCAGUUUUGAUGUCAAUAAUCUCUCUCUUGAACUCACCCUUGCUUAAUAUCUUUUGGUCUGUUCUAAUCUCUGAAGAGAAAGGAAGAAAAAAAAACUCUUUUAAUCCUUAUUUGACUCUCUUUCUCU